AGGUGAGAAGUGAGAGUAUGCUUAUUCAUUCCUGGCCAUUCCAAUUUAAAGGAUUAACGAGUGUGAGUGUCUGAAUUGGGGAAUUAUGUUAAAGUAAUGAAAAACAACAGAAAAUUAGAGAUAUAGAAUUCAUUCAUUCAACCACCAAUCAAAUUACAACAAUGUUGUAUAGAUCAACAAGAGAUUCUUUAAGAUCAAGAAACUCUAAAUCAAAAUCAAUCUCAAUAAGAAGAUUAUGUUCACGAAAGGUGAUGAUUUUGUGUCUCAUCAUUGUAGCUAUAUUGCCACCAAUCUUCUUCCAUUUCCGUCUCCGUCGUUUUCAUCAGAUUCAACUCAAGAGAUGUGGUUGGGUUAAUAAUCCUCCUCUUGUUUGUGCUCACGGUGGUGAUUCUUCCAACGCAUCACCUAACACCAUGGCCGCGUAUCGAUCUGCUCUUCAAUCUCGAGUUGAUUGUAUUGAGAUUGAUGUCUCUCGUUCUUCAGAUGGAGUUUUGUUCGCUCUACAUGACAGGGAUUUGCAGCGGUUGUCUGGAAACACUAGUUCUAGAGUUGGUUACAUGAGCUCAAAACAGAUAAGAGAGCUUAGUGCUUCACGCCAAUCUACUGAGAAGAUUAAUGAUGAAAUUAUACCCACAAUUCAAGAUGCUCUGACUAUGACUGCAAGUUCUGUGCGGCAGAUAAUUCUAGAUGUUAAAGUUGGACCCCCGUUGUAUGAGAAAGGGCUCGCCAAUGAUGUUCUCUCUAUUGUGGAGGAGACAGGGUGCAGAAACUGUCUCGUAUGGGCUAAAAGUGACAAUUUAGCAAGGGAUGUCAUUAAACUCUCAUCAGAAGUUGCGGUUGGCUAUAUAGUCAUGAGGGAACCUUCUACAGGGGCUAGAUCAAAAUUGUUGCGGAUGAAAGGUGCUGAGGUUGUUGGUGUCUACCACCCAUUGAUUGAUGAAAAGCUUAUGAAAGUUUUGCACAGGAGGAGAAAAAGAGUGUAUGCUUGGACUGUUGAUGAUGCAGAAUCCAUGCAAAAGCUAUUAUUUGAGCAUGUUGAUGGCAUUGUUACGAGUAACCCAACUUUACUUCAACGCCUAAUGCAGGAUGGCAAAACACAAUGUCUCGAAGAAGGUUAUUCAUUACCAGCCUAACAUUUGUUUCAAGAAUGUAUACCUCUUCUUCAAAGAUUCAUUGUACAUUGUGAUUCAUUAUUCUCUUGUUUACAAAUUGAUAUUGUGCUUGGAGAAAAAGGAAGAAGAGUUGGUCUCUUUCCAAUUGCAACAUGCAACACUCGUAACUCAAUUUCUUAAACUGUUUAGCUUGUUUUCAAAUCAGAUUAUAUAAUAAUAUCUCCCACUA